CGGUAUUGCAGAAGGGGCAUUGUGUUAACAGGAAUACGCAUCAUACAAGAAGAGCGGCAAUCUUUGCUAAACAAUAUGGAUCUCGAUAAAUGUAAUCCUAUCAUAAACUUGUUUUUAUUUAUCUGUUUUUGGACAAUACGAGGCAUGGGUGGCACUGUUACAUUAAAAGGUUUGCCAAACACAAUAAAUGUGGCAGAAAACAGUCCUUCUGCUAUGGUGGUGGGUAGUUUUACAGUAACUACAACAGCGACAGUUCCACCAGGUUAUCCCCUCAUUAUAAACUCAAAUCCUCUCACCAAAGCUUUUAGCGUCAACCCAACAAGUUCAGGAUAUCAGAUUCAGAUCACUGGAAAACCUAUACUGGAUUUCGAAACAGCACCAGACAAUUUUAAUUUGCAGAUAUAUGUGAAAGACUCAACGGGAGACACUGACCUCCAAGUACUUACUAUAGUGAUAACAGAUGUGAAUGAGCCCCCUGUGUUUCUGGACAAUUUGGAAACUCAAGAUGUAUUAGUUUACAUCGUUGAGAAUUCACCAGAAGGUACCAUUUAUAAUGUUCUUGCAAAGGAUCCUGAAAAUAAACCACUCCAGUAUUCAUUGCAACCAACAAGUUCCCCAUUCAGUAUUAGCAACAGAACGGGAUCCAUUAUUUCAACCAAAGUAUUUGAUUAUGAGACAGACCCCAAAAGUUACUUUUUACAGGUCAAAGUAGGAGAUGGAACAAACCCAGAAAUUAAAGGAACUGUAAUUGUUUACAUUGUAAAUACAAACGACAAUGCGCCUGUUUUUACCAUGAAGCAGACAACAUUUACCAUUCCAGAAGAGCAGGUUCCAGGAACAAUUGUUGCUAACAUAACAGCUCAAGAUGCAGAUGACUUUAAUUAUGUAGGCAACCUCAUCUUCAGUAUUAACCCCACAGAUUACUUUACCAUUAACCCAGUGACAGGUAUAAUUCGAGUGUCAGAGUGGAUAGAUAGAGAUGAAAAGCCCCUUCGAGACAAUCCACUGAUAAUUGUAGAAGUGAGUGUUAUAGACAGUCCAAAAGGGGGAAAAUCAAGCUCCAUGUCAAUAACAUUCAACGUUACUGAUAUCAACGACAAUCCCCCUGUUUGUAAUCCAGAUACCUACAGGACUCCAGUUAAAGAGACAGCAAUUGCUGGUACAAGCAUUACAACAAUAACAUGCACUGAUAUUGAUGUCAACCCGGCAAAUAAUCAGUUCAAAUUUGUGGACCUAACUUGUAACGCGUGUGAUCUGAAGUUUGCCCUGAACUCAACAUUUUCUGGAAAUAUUGUGUUAGAAGGAAGUCUAGACCUUGAACAACCUAAUAACCCACUUGAAUACACCUUAACUGUAGUGGCUGAAGAUAUAACAGCUCCGUUUUAUAAAGAUACAGCUUACAUUUAUGUGACAGUCCUUCCAGUAAAUGAAAAUCCUCCAGUGUUCAACCCAGCAACUUAUAAUUUCAGUGUUUCUGAACUUGAUGGACAAGGGACAAUGAUUGGAGUUGUGAAUGCGACUGACAAAGAUAUUCCCUUUACUGGAAUAACCUACUCAAUAGUAGCAGGUGGAAGCACUCUUGGUUACAGCAACAUAUUUUGGAUCGAUCCAAAUACAGGAUCAAUACAGCUUAUGACAGAACCAGACUAUGAAACUACGUCAAAGUAUGUUCUCACCGUACAGGCUACAGACAACGAUCCUAAAGAUCCUAAAAUAGCAAAUGCUGUAGUGACAGUAAAUAUUCUUGAAGCAAAUGAUGAAAAACCAAUAUGCACACCAAAUUAUUAUACAAUGACUAUUCCAACUGACCUCAGUCCAGGCACUAACAUUCAGAGGUUCCAACUCACCUGCACCGAUCGAGACUCCCCACCUACAGCCUUCCGUUAUACCAUUAAUUCAGGUAACAUAAACAACCACUUUGCUUUUUCACCAACGGCGGGCUCAAACAUCACAAGACUUAUUCUGGCAGAACCGUUUGAUUACUCUGGCGGCCUGGACAAACAAUGGAAUUAUAAACUACUUGUAUUUAUAACGGAUGACAACCUACUAUCAGGAGCCCGACAACCUAAAGGCAUUGUAGAGACUGGAACAGUUACAGUAAAUGUGAAUGUAGUGAUCGCAGGCCUGACUACAGUUUCAACCACUACACCUCCUAGUAUCACAUAUAUCCAUAUUGCUAAAAAUGUGUAUGCUACAAAUGCAUGGUAUGUCCCAUUUAUAAUUACCCUGGGCAUAAUGCUUCUCCUCGGAUUUCUGGGGUACCUACUCUAUCACCUGGCAAAAUAUCUGUCAACAAAAGACCUCAGCUGCUGCACACCAAAACCUAACAAAUACAAGGAGCCUCUGAUUCAAAAUACAAAUAAAGCCAAGAAAGAAGUCGUUAUGGAAUUGACAAAACUUAACACUGUCUUUGAUGGCGAGGCAGUAGACCCAGUCACAGGGAAAGUUUAUGAGUUCAACACAAAGUCUGGAGCUCGCCGAUGGAAAGACACCCAGAUACUCAAGGACCCUCAGCCAAUCAAAACAAAGAGCAGUGAGCUUGUUAUUCCAGUGCUGCCCUCCAGUAUUAACGAAGGCAAAGGUAGGAUUGGGACAGCAAACGGACAGAAAACCAACAGUAACGAUGUCCAGGCAGAACAGAAGGGAGACGAAAAGCAGAAUGUAUUUGGACCUAACCCCAAGAGCUUGCCUCAGAACCCAGCAGGGCAGCCCACAGAGGGGUUGUCACCAUUACCAACGCCAAAGACGAAACAGGAAGGAGAACCAAAACCCAUUCUGAAAAAGGGAGAUCUGUCAGAAGUCUGACAUUUUUUUUAUAAAAAUCUCAAAGUGCUGAAAUCACAGCAGAACAUUUAUUUGUGUGUGUUUUUAUAAUUGUGGACGGUACUGUUGUUUGAUCUACAUACGGUUUUGUUAACAUUUUAAUUUGUUUGGAUAUAAUAUUCAAAGAUCACUUGUGUUUUGACACUGAAAUAUGCUAGCUAAUCUAAUUUAAACGUUGGCUAAAAAAAGCCAUUUAAACAUUGGCUGUAAAAAUAUAAUAAAAGCCAAAUUAGGUCAAAUUUAAUUAAUUGAUUGUAUUUUAAUAUUUACUUUAACUACAUUUUGGAUGUUACAAAAUCAAAAAUGGAAUCAGUCACAAAUAUAAAAUGUACUUGUGACUUACAUUUGUCUUCCACUGGAGGGAGGGAUUUGAUCGGUAGGACAAUCCACGGUUCACCGUGCACCAGCGACCCCUGGGGCUGAGAGGGCACCUGCGUGUCUGCAGUGGAGCCAUUCAGAUCUGUGUUGUCCUCCAGCACUGUAGGUCUGGUGGCUUCGCUGUGAAUCCGUACU